CUGAUCAGCAGACUUACUCGAACGAGCUCUGUUGAUUCUGGUCACGUUCAAGCCGUCUGUAUCACUUCAGUAACUAUAUUGUGCAACAUACCUAUGAUACAGCCACAGGCUACUCUUCAACAGCAGCGGAGCUGUGGCAGUGAAGACAAUUCUCUUCAUCGAGCCGUGAUUGUAGGAGUGUCAUAAAAAGAUGCAAGAGCUCACAAAGCAAGCCAAGAGGGUGUUCGCACCGACAUACAACGUGAAGGCACAGUUCGCAGGUCGACUACCAGAGCCAAUGGCAUCGCGUGCAGGUCCGCUCGGACCUUCCAAAUUUCCGCCGCGUCCUUCCACAUUCGACUCAUAGCGCGACCCCACGUAAAGUUGAUUGAAGCUCCCCGCGCACGAUAGACGGAUCCCAUUUACGCCAAAAUGACUGGAACACGAGGCCCGGUUCCCGUGCCGCUCGAGACGCAGGGUCGCAACCUCACACAAGAUGUCCUCGACCUCCUCGACACAAAAGAGACGCUUCAAAGCAAUGAAGACUUCCCCGCCGUACCGCAGCGCGAUAUCAAGGCAGCGCUCGACAGGCUCGCCAGCCGCUCCAUGGUAGAAUACAAGACUCUAGACAAGGAGCAGGUUAUUCUCACCCCCGAGUCAGAAGGGAUUGUCACGAACGGAAGCCACGAGUUCAAAGUCUGGAAAGCAGUGAAGCAGGCGGGGCAGAUUGCUAUCAAAGAAUUGCCUAACGUUGUCGGCAAGGAAUCUGCGAGCAUUGGACAGGGCAAUGCCUUCAAGAACAAGUGGAUCAAGAAGGAUGGAACUGAACUCGUUCUCGUAGCCACAGAGGAGCCCGAGGACAGCAUGCAGAAUCUUUUGAAGGGCAUCCAAGAAUCGCAAACUGUGUCAGAUGCCAAGCAGCUCAACGACUUGAAGAAGAAGAAGCUCGUCACCGUCACCAAGGUCAUAACAUACACUGUCACCAAGGGUCCAAAAUACGCAAAGGAGAUGCCUGUAGAGCACACAGACUUGACGUCCGAUCUUCUUGUCAACGGCGCAUGGGAGACUGCCAACUUCAAGCCCUACAACUUCGCUGCGCUCGGAGCACAGCAGGAUGCUGGCGCACUGCACCCAUUGAUGAAGGUCAGGCAAGAGUUCAGGAACAUCUUCUUCUCGCAGGGCUUCGUCGAGAUGCCGACUGGCCACUUCGUCGACUCUGGUUUCUGGAACUUCGACGCUCUCUUCGUGCCACAGCAGCACCCUGCCCGCGAUAUGCAAGACACAUUCUUCGUCUCCGAUCCGCCCACAGCCGACAAGCCGCGUGCCGACCCUGACAGCGAGAAGCAGAUGGACCAGAUGGAGGCAAGCUCACAACGGUUGUUCUCAACAGGUGACAAGCGGGACAAGAAGCCCAGAGAUUUCGAAAAGUACUGGAACGACGUCAAGAAAGUGCAUGAGGAUGGUGCUUUCGGGUCGAUAGGCUACCGCUACAAUUUCAAAGAUGAGGAGACAUUACGCCUUGUCCUCCGCACACACACGACUGCUGUGUCUACGUGGGCACUUCACCGGCUAGCAGAAGACCCACGACCUGCACGCUACUUCUCCAUCGACCGUGUCUUCCGUAACGAAACGGUCGAUGCGACACAUUUGGCUGAGUUCCACCAGAUUGAGGGUGUCAUUGCCGAUUUCGGCCUCACAUUAGGUGGCCUUCAGCAUUUCCUUGGUGACUUUUUCGCCAACAUGGGCCUUGAGAACCUACGUUUCAAGCCUGCUUACAACCCGUACACAGAGCCGAGUAUGGAAAUCUUUGGUUACCACAAGGGCUUGAAGAGAUGGAUUGAGAUUGGCAACUCUGGAAUGUUCAGGCCUGAAAUGUUGGAACCUAUGGGGCUGCCCAAGGACAUGCGCGUCUAUGGUUUCGGUCUGUCUCUUGAACGCCCCACGAUGAUGAAGUACGGCGUCUCCAAUAUUCGUGAACUUCUUGGACACAAGGUCGAUUUGAGCUGGAUCAAGGAGCAGCCAGCUGUUCGUUUCGACAAGGAGUAAACGAAUACGGGUUAUGAUAAUCGAUGAUCAUUAAAAGACGGUGCUUCACUUCGGGUGGCAUCUUUACAUGGCCUAGCCGGCUGACACGGCAGGAAUACAUCGAU